AUGACAGCAGAAAGAAUGCCACAAACCAUCAUUGCGUUUGAUCUCUAUGGCACGCUCCUAUCAACGGAGUCAAUCGCUGCGGAAUUGGCCAAACUCUAUGGAGAGGAAAUGGCCAAGGCGUUGGCUGCGCGAGCCCGGACUCUACAGCUUGAGUACACGUGGCGAAGCAACAGCAUGAAUCAAUACCAGAGCUUCAGCGAUGUGACGCGUUGGUCCUUCCGACAUGCGACGGCGGAGCUAGGCCUCGAGCUGGAACCCGCCAACGAAGAGCGCGUCAUGAAUGCGUACAACGGCCUGGACACAUUUCCCGACGCAAACGCCGGCUUGGAGAUUCUGUCCGGCGAGGAAUCCGUACGCGCCUAUGUAUUCUCAAACGGCGAUCCCAGCAUGCUAGCCUCGUCCAUGUCAACAUCGCCCGCGCUCGCCAAGGCCACCCACGUCUUGCCACCGACGAGGGUGAUUAGCGUCGAGCCGCUGCGUGUCUACAAGCCCCACCCCAGCGUUUAUGAGAAUUUGGUCGAGUUGGCUGGGAGGAAGGGGGAUCCAGGUAGCGUAUGGCUGGUAUCGUCGAACCCGUUUGAUGUCUGUGGUGCCGUGGCCGCUGGUCUUAAGAGCGCCUGGGUAGACCGUACUGGCAAGGGAUGGCUGGACGGGCUCGCAAAUGGAACAGGGAAUAAUCCGACCAUUGUGGUGAGAGGAGUGGACGAAGCAGUCAGGGGGAUUCUACAGUCUUCGUGA